AUGGACACCCUCAUUGACCUUCUUCCCUACCAUAAACAAUUCAAAGCUGCCGGGCUGGCCGUGACAUCUCAAAGUGGACCGUCGAACUUGAGACCGAAGCCACAAGCCUCAUUUUCAGACUCAGGGCCCGUCAUCGGGUCUUUGCUUCCGUCGUUCCGCAAGGAGCCACGACAGCCUUCUUCAAGGACCCAUAGCGAUCGCAAAUUCUCGAAAGGCCACAUUCAUCCAUCUCUCCCUACGCCGGCCGAGCCCUUCUUGACACUGGAAGAUAAACUAGGAAGACUGGACUCGUACUUCGAUGCUCCCAAAUCCAAGACGCCACAGGAGCAGCCCGACCUCCAGAAGACGCCAUUACCGUUACCUGCAUGCAGUGCAAGAAGCACUCUCACGGACAAACCUUUGCCCAGAAAGCCGCCGAUCGAGCGCCGGCCCAUUCCUGCAAGAAGCGGGCGUCGUCACAUGGAAAACACGGCUGACUGGCCCACAGCUGGAGUGCUAAUACACGACCACUACCCAUGUCCCCCAUGUCGAGACGAGUUGUCAAUCUUGUCGGGCGACAGGCAAGCAGCCAAAGCCAAAGCCACUGUAUCUGUUCAGUCUUGGACGAGUCACGGGGAGUUUCCGCAAGAGCCGCGAAGAACCCCACCAUCUCCGCCAGGACAAGAAAGCAAACCGGAAACACCGCCCAAGGAUCUCCCAUUGAAGGAGGAUAAAUCCCCGGCAGGCUGUCACCAACAGCCAGGGCACUUUGCAUACGGCAAUCACCACAAAGCAACGGGUCUGCGGCGCAGGUUGACUGCCAAACCACCUCACUGUGCGCCCGCGGCCAUUCGAGACGAUUCUGAGAUUAUUUCAGAGGAUGCCAAGCAGCUGGUUUCCAGGCAGAAUGAGGUGCAGCCUGAAAGAGACCCAGCGCCACAAUUGCAUGUCACUCUUCCGGGGUCAUCCUCAUCCUUUGAGAAAGCUUUGGAUGCAGUCGUCUCGAAACUGGAUGCUAUGGAGGACAGCAGACGAUACGAAAGGAAGCAGAACCUAGAAGCAUCCCAAAUAGAAGCUCUUAAUACCGCGACAACACCAGGUUACGCGGAUUUGGAAGGCACAAGCUCGAAACCGUCAAGCACACCUCACUCGCAGCACCCGACUUUGAUUGCAGCGCAGGCCACGAGAACUGCGUCUUCGGACGCUGUAGAAGGCUCUGAUAGUGGCAUCAACGACAGGGACAUUCUUAUUGGCUUGAAAAUGGCGAUCUGUGCUGCCUGCGAUGAGGAUCUCGAUGCUUGGAUCCGUGAGAAGACUGGUCUCAGGCUACGCCGAUUCCUGGCCGACCUCAAAGCCUUCGAGAUUGUCUCGAGGGAGAGGGAGCUCUCAGUGCCGCUGCCGCUGUCCCGGCGCAUCCGCACGCAUGACAAGGUGAACAAACGGGUGGAGUCUGAGCGGGAGCGCGGGAAACGGGUCUCCAAGAAAUGGGCGCCUUGCUUCGGGGCUGAUGGCCAAGGCUUGCUACCCGAAUCAAGCCAAGAGAUGUGA